AAGUGUUUAAAUUCAACGGGAGUUGGUUGUGUCGGAUUUCUUCGGAGGGGAACGCUAUUAAAAUUUCCACAAACAUUAUCUUUAAUUGGACAGAAUUUUGUGCUUGUGUGCGGUUCUGUUUUUUUUUACCCAUCCGUCAGUGACGGAUCGGAUUUUUUCGAACUUGAUGACUGUUAUCGUGUUUAGUGUCGGUGAUUGUGUGCUAGAAAUGACUAUAGAAUAAACUGCGCGCGUGAUUUUGCAAAACCCAACAAAAAUGACAUCAGUGACGUGAAAGAAAAAAUCAUCCAGUGACUCUGGUCGGUUUCGAAUUUGGAAUAUGCCGGCACGUGUAUUCUGAUAGAGGAAUUUUAAUCUGUGGAUACGUAAUUGGUCUGUAAUUGCCGCCUAUUGUAUCUUUAUUUCUGAUUACGCUUUUCCCAAUAGUAAUUCUUGCAACUGUGGUGUGUUCCACUUUCGAUUUCUGAAUAUCUGAAGUAUCGCCAGCUCGUGAGUGAUAAGUGAUUAUAAUUUCUAUAACAUUAAGUGUGACUAUUUGUGUGUGAAGUGAUGCUGUGAAAGCAACGUUCAUAUCAAUUUUACCCGCUAACCCAGCGGCAAAAUAACCAGCGAGCAGCGGAAAUCCAUCAAAAUUACUCGAAUUCAAUCCCCGAACACAAAAACCAACACCCUGAGUUUCUCAGAUCCGUUCGGGCCUCCUCAGUCCACGGACGGGGGGGGCCCAUCCACACCCCAGCCGGCCAUGACCACCCAGGAGCUAGACCACCACCACCACCUAGGUGGCACGCAGACCCCCCACGAUAUAUCAAACUCCAAUAACUCUACACCCACUAAUGUCUCUUCAAAAUCCGCGUUCAUUGAAUUACAACAGCACGGAUAUGGUUUUAAAGGCGGGUAUCAGCAUCCGCACCAUUUCGGCAGCCCGGGUGGUCAGCAGAACCCUCAUGAGGCGUCUGGCUUCCCCAGUCCUAGGUCGUUAGGGUAUCCCUUCCCUCCAAUGCACCAAAAUACCUAUGGUUAUCAUUUAGGUUCCUAUGCACCGCAGUGCGCCAGUCCGCCUAAAGACGAAAAAUGUGGUCUAUCAGACGACCCGGGGCUCCGAGUGAAUGGAAAAGGGAAGAAAAUGAGGAAACCAAGGACUAUCUACUCUAGCUUACAACUGCAGCAAUUAAAUAGAAGGUUCCAGAGGACGCAGUACCUCGCCCUCCCGGAGAGAGCAGAGCUGGCGGCAAGCUUAGGAUUGACGCAGACACAGGUGAAGAUAUGGUUCCAGAACCGUAGAAGCAAAUACAAGAAGAUGAUGAAGGCAGCCCAAGUGGGAGCACCUCCCCCCAGCCUAGGCCUUCCCCCAGGAAGUCCGCCCAAUAAUAACCAAUUAUUACACGGUGGUGGAGGAAGCUCCAGCGGUUCGCAGCACUCGCCCUCCGCGUACCAGAGUGGGCCCACGCAGGCGCACAGUCCCACGCCCAGCUCCACGCCGGUCUCCGAGCUGUCCCCGGGCCUGUCCCCCACUGGCACCCCAUGGGACGUGAAGCAGCCGCCACAGCAGUCGUGGGAUGUGAAGGUUGGAUAUCCCAAUGCAGGUCGGUCGCCUGACGGUACCUCGUGUGACGUCAAACCCCAUCAGCAGUCGUGGGAUCCCAGGGUGGGAUACGGCGCGCCCCCAGGGCCGUGGGACAUGAAAGGUGCGCACGCGCACGCGCUGCACCACCAGGGGGCGCCGCAGCCGCACCCGCCCUACGUGCCACAGUACUCCUGGUACCAGGCGGAGGCGAACCCGGGGCUGCUGACGGUCUGGCCUGCCGUGUAACACCGUUGGGUUUACUGAAAAUAAUAAAAGGAAGUAAAAUUAUAUAAUGAUAAAAAAUUAAUCCCCUCUCGCGUUUGUGGAAAACACGACACAACCAACUUUAUUAUUAAGAUAUAUUUAACAAUUAAACAUUGUAAAUUUUUAGCUAUUUUAUAGGUUAUGUUUACUGUACAUGCGUUAAAGCGUUUGCCACAGAUAAAUAAUUGUUCAUUUCCCGCCUUUUGGCAGAUUAAAUGUUAGUUAUGUAUGCCAUUGUAAUCUUAUGCGUAUACAAAUUUGGCAAUUUCUGAGUAUAUGUAUAGAGAUAUUUUAUUUUUUAUUAGGCGUGCAAUAAUGUACAUAAUAUUAUUUGGAGUCCCAGUGCUCAUCUUAUGUAUACAGCAUGGAAAACUGUUUUCCAAUUUUAAUUUUAUUGUACUGUCAAUACUAUUGCCACACUUCAAUAUAAAAAAAUAUGAGCUGUCAACGUCAAACAUUUUUGUACUCUGUGGCGUAUACGCUAUAGGUAAUUUAUUUUUAAAACGUUAACCUUACUAUAAACGAAAAUUAAUAAUUUAAGCUUUAAAACCAUUAUCUAUUUAUUUAGUAAAACGGGAAAACAAAACCUUUCUGUUGUGAUAAAUAAUUUUAAGAUUUUUUUUUUGUUUUUUACGUAGAAAAUACUUCGAGUAACGUGGCAUGUGCAAAAAAUGGAACGCAUAAAUUUGUAUUUAUAACGAACGUACUUUCAUAUUUCUAUCUAUUUUAAUUCUUUAAUCAAUUUAUCGGAUUUUUAACGGUAUAAAUUUUAAAUUCGUGAACUAUUAGUUGUGAAUUACUUAGUAUAAAUAAUUGAUAUAAUAUAAUUAAUUUUGUUAAAAAUCCGUUAAAUUGGUUAGUGAAUAUAAGGGUCUUUACGGGAUGAAUUAUUUGUACAUAUGUUUUGUAAAAUAUAGAAAAUAAUAUACAUAUAAAUAUAGAUAGAUUAAUUACUUCAUAAUUUCAAUGUAUAAUAAGGAAAGUGGAACUAAGAGAAAAGUGAAUUAAUUCUUUUGUCAAAUAAAAAUGGAAAAGAU